GGCGGCCGGGUCUAGUCCCGGUCUGGCCCUGCCUGCGCUUUUGGCAUGUCUUCCAAGAAGAGCAAAGCGCGGCGGAGCCAGGGGGCCAGCAGCGGCUCCCCCGCCUCCUCCCCGGGACCCUCGCCCGCCGGCACGCCCGGCCCGGGUCCCGACCCCGGCCCCGGCUGCCUGACCGUGAUGGAUUUGGUGGAAAAAGUAGAUGACCCCGUCCCCAAAGCGUUCCAGAAUUUCUUUGCACAACUCAGCCUAACCACCAUGCGAUCCUACGGCCUGUGCAUUGGGCGGCCGGUGCUACUCACUGGUGUGAGCGGGCAGCAGGAGGUGUGCACUGCAUGGCCGGUGGCGGCGUUCCCUGGAAGGAAGGUGGGCCUGAGCCAGGGCGCUCAGAGGAACCUGGCACUGAAGCCCGGGGAUGGGGUCCUGCUGGAACGCCUCACGGGCACCCUGGUGCCAGCCCACAGUGUGGCCCUGCUGCUCAGUGACAAGGAUGAAGAACUUGAUGAGGAAGAGCUGACUGCUUGUCUCCUGAGGAAAUUAGAUGGUAAAGUCGUGCUAGCUGGCAACGUUCUGCAUUUCAUUUUCUACGGCAAACCGUGCCAGCUGGCAGUGACUUCGGUCAUGGGAGCGGACGGGCUGACCCUCGAAAGGACUCCCAGGAGCUUGGAGGCGGCUUCUGAGACGUCGGGCCUUGAGGCCGGGGACUUGUCCUUGGAGCUGAGCCGGCUCAGCCUGGGAGAUGCCUCAACCAGCACCCCCUGCAAGCCCGGAGAGGGCAGCUGUGCCCCCAAGCCAGGAGACGCUUCCCCGGAGGCCUUCCAGCACCCCGCGGAGGGCUCCCUUUUGCCUGGAGAAGGGGCCGCCCUCCCGGGAGAGAGCCUGCAGCCCCCCACCCACAGGGGAGCCCACAGCGCCUCCGACACCUUCUACUACGUCACUUCCGGGACCAGAUUUAAGUUUGUGAGGCCACAGGCGGCCACAGAGGAUGGCGACAGCCCGGCGCCCCCAGUCACGUACGACCUCAUCGGCGGCCUCAGCAGCCAGCUCCACGCCAUCAGAGAAAUAAUUGAGCUGCCCCUGAAGCAGCCAGCUCUGUUCCGGAGCUACGGUAUCUCUCCCCCCAGAGGAGUGCUGCUCUAUGGGCCUCCAGGGACGGGCAAGACUAUGAUCGCCAGGGCUGUCGCCAAUGAAGUGGGAGCCCACCUUUCUGUCAUCAACGGUCCUGAAGUCAUAAGCAAGUUUUACGGGGCUUCGGAAGCGAGACUGCGGCACAUCUUUGCUGAAGCCGCUCGGAGGCAGCCCGCCAUCAUUUUCAUCGACGAGCUGGACGCCCUCUGCCCGAAGAGAGAAGGCUCCGAGAACGAGGUCGAAAAGAGAGUCGUGGCCUCUCUCCUAACCCUCAUGGAUGGCCUCGGUGCUGAAGGGAGCGAAGGGCGGCUUCUGGUCAUCGGGGCCACGAACCGCCCUCACAGCCUGGAUUCGGCCCUCCGAAGGCCGGGCCGCUUUGACAAGGAGAUCGAGAUCGGGGUCCCUAACGCCCGGGACCGCCUGGACAUCCUCCAGAAGCUGCUCCGCAAGGCCCCUCACGCCCUCCGAGGGGACGACGUGGCCCGGCUGGCGAACGGCACUCACGGCUACGUGGGGGCCGACCUGAAGGCCUUGUGCAACGAGGCAGGGCUGCGUGCCUGGCGCCGAGUCCAGAGUAAGCCGCCUGACCUUCCUGCGGGCGAGGCGCCGGAGCUGGCAAGGAUGACUCUCAGCGACUUCCUCCAGGCCAUGAAUGACGUGCGGCCCAGCGCCAUGAGGGAGGUGGCCAUCGACGUCCCUCGGGUAAGGUCCGCCCCUCCUCCUGCGCCCUCUCCCGCCUCCCCGACCCUGCCCGUAUGGAACGCUUCUUCCCCGGUCAGCCGCUGCCUCCGUGAUGAGGGGAGCCCCGAGGUGAGGACGUGCGAGCUCCGAGGCCACCCCUGGGCGUCGCUAGUCAGGCAGCACCGGACAACCUGCCGGGGUGGGCUUCGUGCCGAGGGCUGGGCCCGGAGACCCAGAAACGACUUCCCGCUCUCCGGAGCCUGCGGCCUCACGGAGGGGUGCUGGACGGCGGGGGUCACCGGCGAGGGGCACGAGGGACGGGCACUGGACGUGGAGGAGGCACCGGGGAGGGAUGCCGGGCCCGAGGCCCAGCCGGAGCAAGGCCAGAGGAAGAGGGUGGUGGAAAAGGAAGGUGGUGCCCCCUGGGAUGCUGCCCCCUGGGCCUUCACUCAUCCCCCCCACGCAGCCUGUCUCCGAGCGUCUUUCCGCUCCCUGCCUGCCUGGCACCCCAGUGCCUUCCUCUGGAGACUCAUCCAGAUGACUGAGCCUUGGAUCCGGCUCACCGCUCUUCUGAAAUUUAGCUCUGCAGGGGCCGGAAACGUAGCCGACCGGGUUUUGGCCCAACUCUUGACGGAAAUGGACGGGAUCGAACAGCUCAAAGAUGUGAUCGUUUUGGCAGCUACCAAUCGGCCAGAUAAGAUCGACAAGGCUUUGAUGCGCCCUGGAAGGUUUGACCGGAUCAUCUACGUCCCCUUACCUGAUGCAGCCACAAGGAAGGAGAUAUUCAAGCUACAGUUUUCCUCCAAGCCGGUCGGUCUGGACGUGGACCUGGAAGAACUUGUUUGUCGGACAGAUACCUACUCGGGGGCCGAGAUUACAGCAGUCUGUUCAGAAGCAGGCCUCCUGGCUCUUGAAGAAGAUAUACAAGCCAAAUUUAUCAUGAGAAGGCACUUCAUAGAGGCCUUGAACAUCGUGACCCCAAGAAUUCCUGAAUCCUUGAGGCAUUUUUAUGCAGAUUAUCAUAAAAAUGGACGACAGACAUGCUGAAAAAAGAAUAGGCCCUAAUACAGUCUAUUCAGGCACCUUUUUAAAAGAAAACUUGAUUUCCUAUAGGCAGCGUGACUUGAGGUGGCCAAAAUGUUCCUUCUUAUAAAUGGAAUAUCUGAAAUCCACUUGGGUAGAAUCGAUUGGCUGCCAGUCCUCCAAUAAAGAUGGAGAGAAACCAUU